UAUCAUAGUGGAGGCGGCGGACGCGCUGAGGCGAAGCGAACGCAGACUACGCAGUGAUGAACACUCUUCGCCAAGCUCCUCUUGUCCAUGGCUUCGUCGCCGCGCUAUCUCCGCGAGCGUUCCACUCCGUACGAAUUCUAUUCUUUGCUCCACGGCCGCCCUUGAGGCCUCCAAACUGUCGGACCUCCUUGUCCUUCCCCUGGCCCAGGCUGACGCCCCUCGCCACUGCCAGAGCCUUUGCCUCCGCCGCGGCGGACGUCUCAGAAGAAUCGUCCGCGGAGAGCGUUGAUAGGUCAGGAGGCUGCGGGAACGGUAGCUAUUUCUACGCGGGAGAUGGCGUCUCUUGGAAUUCCCUGGGGAUCUCUGACCGCCUCAGCCGUGCUCUCUCCACUGCUUCCUUGCAGAAGCCCUCUCUUAUUCAGGCAGCUUCUAUUCCCCAUAUUCUUACUGGUGAAGAUGUGAUAAUUGCGGCAGAGACAGGAAGUGGUAAAACGCAUGGCUACUUGGUUCCACUAAUUGAGAAAGUAUCUAGUAAUUUGGACCCUCAUGAAGAUUUAUCUGAGGGAAGUCACAGGAAGCACAAGACAUAUCUUGUCCUUUGCCCUAAUGUGAUGCUUUGUGAGCAAGUAGCUAACAUGGCCAAUGGUUUGAUCGACGAUUCUGGUGAGCCAAUUGUCAAAGUCGCAGCAGUUUGUGGACAGAAGGGAUGGCCAAGAUUUCAGCCUGAUAUUCUUGUCUCUACUCCAGCUGCUCUGUUGAAUUACCUGUUUGACUUUGACCCAGAGAAAAAGCGGCGUGCUACUUUUUUUAGAGAUAUCAAAUCUGUGGUGUUUGAUGAAGCAGAUAUGCUUCUCUGUGGUAGUUUUCAAAACCAAGUUAUCCGUCUAAUACACAUGUUGCGUUUUGAAGAAAAAUUAUUGUCUAGGGCGGAAGCUUCUGGAAAAGAUAUUGUGAUCGACACAAGCAGUGAACACAAUGUAGAGCUUGAAGUUGAAGAUACAAAUUAUGAGCUGCUUCUUGAUAAUGAUGAGGAAGAAUCUGAUAAUCCCAUUGGCAAUGAUGUUCCUGAAACUGAUGGCACAGAACCAUUGAGUGGCAGGAUCAAGGACUGGAGGAGAGUUAGGAAACAUUAUACACGCAGUAAACAGUAUAUUUUUGUUGCUGCCACACUUCCUGGUAGUGGGAAGAAAACUGCUGGUGGAGUGCUGAAGCAUAUGUUUCCUGAUGCCACAUGGGUCAGUGGAAGUUUCCUCCAUCGACACAGCCCUAGGUUAGAGCAGAGAUGGAUUGAAGUAACAGCUGAGACACAAGUUAAUGCCCUUCUUGAUGCAGUAAACUAUAGUCAGAGAUGUCGACCCCAAGACUCUCAUGCCCAUGCAUGCAGGACCAUGGUUUUUGCUAAUACAGUUGAUGCUGUUCGAUCAGUUGCAAAGAUAUUGGAAAGUGCUGGGUUUGAAUGCACUUUAUACCAUAGAGAAGGAUCUAUAGAGGAACGUACAAAUAACUUGAACCAUUUUCGUGAAAAAGGUGGGAUUCUUGUCUGCACAGAUGCUGCUGCGCGGGGUCUUGACAUACCAAAUAUCUCACAUGUCAUUCAGGCCGAGUUUGCUACAUCAGCUGUUGAUUUUCUCCAUAGAGUUGGGCGUACAGCCAGAGCCGGUCAGUCUGGAGCUGUCACUAGUUUGUAUACCAAAUCCAACCGAGAUCUUGUAUCUGCCGUCCGCCACGCCGAGAAGAUCGGUCAGCCUGUGGAGAAAGCGUUUAGCAGGAAAAGAAGCUUCAGAAACAAACUUAAAAAAGGUCGAAGUAAAUUCGAAGAUGCCUCUUUACUUUCAGCUUAAUAGGAACGAGUCAUGGAAAUUUUUCCCUUGAAAAAGAAACGACAGAGAUGUGAUUUCGUUUGUAAUGAGCAUGCUACGUGCUUAACCAUCAUGAUGUUGUGUUGUGAUGCACUACUUCUGCAACCUGGCAUUUGAAUGACAUCUUUUGUGACAAAUUUUUUAAAUCUGUAAAUCUAUAAAUUUGCAACGAUCUUUUUAUUA